AUGGAGCAAUACUCAAGGCUGUGGGAGUAUUGUGAUGAGGUGAAAGCAACAAAUGUGGGAAGCACAAUGAAGAUAAGGGUGGAGCCUCCUCCGCACUUGCAAAGACUUUAUGGUCCUUUUGCAGUGGGUGUUGAUGCCAAUGAUAACAUGUACCCUAUUGCAUAUGCUGCUGUGGAGUUGGAAACUAAGGAGACAUGGAGCUGGUUUUUGGAGUUGCUAAUGGAUGAUCUUGGUCCUGUAGAAGACCAUGGAUGGAUAUUCAUAUCAGACCAACAAAAGGGGUUGGACAAAGCCUUUGAUAUUGUUGUGCCUCAAGCCCAACAUAGGUGGUGUGUUAGGCAUAUGUAUGGGAACUUCAAGGAAAAGUAUAAGGGCAAGGGUUUGAAAGAUCUUUUAUGGAGUGCAGCUAGGGCUCCCAAUUGCCAUGACUUUGAGGUUGAGAUGAAUAAGCUGAAAGAGAUGGGAUGGUGA